UGAUCAUCUCAUUUAUCUUGUUUAGCAUUGCAGUGAGCAGUCAUCAACAACUUCAACACCAUGGCUGAAUCGUUUUUGUUUAGCAUCGCAGACAACGUUCUGGGGAAGAUAGGCUCUGUCACUCUCCAAGAAAUUGGCUUAGCAUGGGGCGUCAAGACUGAACUGCAAAAGCUGGAAGCCACCUUAACCGCUAUCAAAUCCAUCCUCCUGGAUGCUGAGGAGAAGCAGUGGAAGGAUCGACAGCUACGUGAUUGGUUGGGAAAGCUCAAACAUGUGUGCUAUGAUGUGGAAGAUGUGCUCGAUGAAUUUCGGUACCAAGCUUUGCAGCGCCAAGUGGUGAGUCAUGGCAGCCUUAAAACAAAGGUGGAGCGCACAAGGGCUCAUUGAACCAUCCAAAAAGAAGCAAGAGUUGGACGACAUCGGAAACAGAUAUAUUAAAGAAAUGUUAUCGAGAUCCUUCUUUCAAGACUUUGAAGAUCGUCAUUAUUAUUUUACAUUUAAAAUGCAUGAUCUGAUGCAUGAUCUUGCAUCAUUCAUAUCACAAACUGAGUGCACUGUCAUAGAUUGUGUAAGCCAAACUGUCUCUAGAAUGGUUCGCCAUGUGUCAUUUAGUUAUGAUUUGGAUGAGAAAGAAAUCUUAAGAGUUGUUGGUGAGCUUAACGACAUUCGUACAAUUUAUUUCCCCUUUGUAUGGGAGACAUCACGUGGUGAACCAUUUCUUAAAGCUUGCAUCUCAAAGUUCAAAUGCAUUAAGACGCUAGAUUUAUCGGGUUCAAACUUUGACACAUUGCCAAAUUCUAUCAGUAAUCUAAAGCAUCUCAAACUUCUCAACCUCAUGUGGAAUAAGAAGAUAAAGAAACUUCCAAAUUCAGUAUGCAAGUUGUUUCAUCUGCAAACGUUGUUGCUUCAAGGAUGUGAGGGAUUCGAGAAUCUGCCCAAGGAGUUUGGGAACCUCAUCAGUUUGAGGCAAUUAGGGAUCACCAUGAAACAGAGGGCUUUGAUAGGGAUAGGACGCCUGGAAUCUCUUCGUAUUUUAAGGAUUUUCAAAUGUGAAAAUCUAGAAUUUCUGCUUCAAGGGACGCAAAGCCUCACUGCCCUUCGGUCAUUGGUUAUUGACGGUUGUAGGAGUUUGCAGAUUUUGGCACCUAGCAUGAAACAACUGCCCUCGUUAGAGCGUCUCGUGAUUUUCGAUUGCGAAAGGCUUAAUUCACUGGAUGGAAAUGGGGAAGACCACGUUCCAAGGCUCGGGAAUCUACGAGUUUUGUUGCUUGGAAAAUUACCAAAGUUGGAGGCAUUGCCAGAGUGGAUGCGCAACCUCACAUCCCUUGACAGACUUGUGAUUGAAGAAUGCCCUCAAUUGGCUGAAAGAUGCAAGAAAACAACAGGGGAAGAUUGGCAUAAAAUCUCUCAUGUCUCAAAGAUAUAUAUUGAUGGCAUCAAAACACCAGAAAAUUAAGCAAGGAGAUCCACUCAGAGUGAUGAUGAAGCCUAACAUGGAUUUGAGCAAGACACAUUCUUUUUUCCUUUUCUUCUUUUUGCCUUUCAAGUAAAAGCAGUUUAUUCAUUUAUGUAAUUUCAUCAAUUGGGGGAGUGUUAUUGAACAAAAGUCUGGAAUCUAUUUAUUUUCCGUAAAUAUAAAGGUUAAGCCACUUCUCUUCAAUA